UUCCAAUCUCACCAAAGCUAUCUCGGGUGUAAGCCGACAACGCAAAGGUUUCUGGGAAGUGCUGUCAUGGCGCUGAACACAAACAGAAAACGACAGUAUAGUGAUAGUUUUUAGCUGCAAUUAAAUGCUAGCAAGUUAUCCUAAUUUUAAGUGCUAAAUAGAAAUUACGAUCUGUUCAGGACGAACGUACAGGUACUCAAUAAUAAUCAAUAUUAGUAUAUAGUUUGCCAACUCUUGUUUGCAGGUCCCAGCCCAGGGGCCAGUAAAAGCAUGACAUUCGGAAUGAGCUGAACAUUUCGGUUAUGCUAGCUAAUUUCACAACUGUAACAGCAAUUAACGUGAAUAGUAAUAGCAGCUAGUUACUGUAGGCCAAAACGCUAUUUAUUAUUUAAUUUAGUCAGUAACUUAAUAAAACAACUUAGAAUUUGUUUCACUGAUAGUUCCUUGGCUACAGUUACAAGCUAGCUCCACGUAACGUUGAGACAACGUUAACUGCCAGAUAGGCAUGUCUGGAAACAAAGCCAUUGAACUCCAGCUGCAAAUGCGACAAAAUGCAGAAGACCUGCAUAACUUCAUGAAAGAUCUUGACAGUUGGGAGACUGACAUAAAGAAGAAGGACGAGGAACUAAGAAACGGGAUUGUCAGCAAAUCUCCAAAAAUCCUCCCACCAGUGCGAAACAAGGACUACAAAAAGAAGAGGGAGAAAAAGAAGGCAUUAGACAAAAAUGCAAAGACUGAAUCCAAGCCAGCAUCCAGAAUAAAGUCUUAUGAUUAUCAGUCGUGGGAUAAAUUUGAUGUGGACACAGCUUUGGAGUCCAUGGAUAAAGAGGACAGUGCUGCUGAGUCAAAUGACUCUGAAUCAGAGGAAGCUGGAGUCCCUGCUACUGACCGAGACAAAGCCCUUGCUGAGAAGGAGAAAGGUAAUCGGCUGUUUAAAGAAGGGAAGUAUGAUAAUGCCAUUGAAUGUUACACCAGGGGAAUGGACGCAGACCCUUACAACCCAAUUCUGCCAACAAACAGAGCAGCUUGCUUCUUCAGACUAAAGAAGUUCGCUGUUGCUGAAGCUGACUGCAACUUAUCAAUUGCUCUGGACUGUAACUAUUUCAAAGCUUUUUCAAGACGAGGGGCGUGUCGAUUUGCCCUGCAAAAUUAUGUAUCAGCCCUAGAAGAUUAUGAAAUGGUUCUCAAGCUGGAUCCUGGGAACGUGGAGGCACAGAAUGAAGUGAAGAAAUGUAAAGAGGCCAUUGCUAAAUUGGGUGGAGAAGCAGAAAGCCCAGACACUGCUGUUGUGGACCUAAAGCAGCAGCAGCUGAUGGAGGAACAGAGGAAAAAACAGGAGGCAGUGGUGCAGAAAGACCGGGGGAACGCAUAUUUUAAAGAAGGGAAAUAUGAGGCAGCCGUGGACUGCUACAGUAAGGGCAUGGAAGCGGACAGCACCAAUGUCUUGUUGCCGGCCAACCGGGCCAUGGCUUACUUAAAGCUACUGAGAUUUAAAGAGGCCGAGGAGGACUGCAGUAAAGCCAUAGCCCUGGAUGGGACCUACACAAAGGCGUUUGCCCGCAGAGGGACGGCCAGGAGCGGACUGGGACUUUUGAAAGAAGCUAAAGAAGAUUUUGAGGAGGUCCUGAAACUGGAACCAGGAAACAAACAAGCAUUAAAUGAGCUGAAGAAGAUCACCAGUGCCAUGGCCACCAGGGGUCUGCUGGCGACAGAGAAGCAGUCACAGCGGAGGACAGUAGAGCCUAUCAACAAACCACCUCAUCUGCGGUCAACCAAGCCAUUGAGGAGAGUGGAAAUUGGGGAGGUGGGUGGGCAGGACCCGGUCCAGGAGGAGGUGGGUGGGCAGGACCUGGUCCAGGAGGAGCAGUCUGUUGUGUUCACUUCAACCACUGCCACUGUCAGUAGGGCCCAGAAGACGGCUUCCAUUACAGAAAUCAACAGUGAUGUCCAGGGUGAGGCAUCGCCGCCCCCUAGUGCUAAGAUCCUGAAAAUUGCAGAGAUUUCCCACGUCGCAGGUGGGGAAGGAGAUGCUGUCAGAGCACCGACCAGGAAGCAUGAACAGGCCACCGUCAGCAAACCAGCAGAACUACCAGUUACAACCUCCACAACAGAGCCCGAGGCCAUGCCCCCUGCCCCCACUAACAGCUUCCAACUAGAGGCGGACUUCAGGAACUUUAGAAAUAACCCUGAAGCCAUGUACAAGUAUUUGAAGCAAAUCAAGCCUCAGGCGUAUGCCAAGAUCUUCCAGAGCUCUCUUGAACCAGACAUACUCAAUCAGAUUCUAAGGACAUUACAAACGUUCUACAUCAAGAACGAAGAACCCUCUGUCAUACUGGAAAUCCUCAGGAGUCUGGCCAGUGUGAGGCGGUUCCACAUGGCCAUCAUGUUCAUGUCCAACCCAGAGAAGAAAGUCCUACUAGAAUUGUUUGACUGUCUUCACCAAGCUGGACUUAAAGACGCUUCAGUUGGAGCCCUGCAAAAGAUGUAUGGAGUGUGAUGUCAGUGGAGAAUCAGCGAUAUAGCUUUUUACAACCUGGUUGAAGUAGUGUUAUUUUUUUAAUGCUUAUUUACAUGUUGCUAAUCCAAACCUAGCUGUACGUAAAUGCAUCAGUUAAUUCUGGCUGCCAUGUUGGAAGGUCUGUAACCUGAUGUGAUACCAUACAUAUGCAUGACAUGGUCAAACCAGAGUGUUCCAGCUACAGCCUUGCCAUCUAAUCUGAAUUGCUGACAUACCAAUUAUCAGAUUGUAGGCUGUAGUUGGAACACUUGUUUUCCUCAUGUUUAGUGUGAUGACCUAAUACUUGGCCCAGUCUUCAUUGAAGAUCAUUAAAAUUGCAGAUAAAUGGACAGAUUCUAACAAAAUCGCAUUUUUACAUGUUGAAAACACAAAUGGACUUAACAUUUGUAAGGAAGUCAACACAAUAUAGGAAAUACAUAUAAAUGAAAAUAAAUAUAUAUGAAAGACAUGGGGGUCUA